AUGGAGUCUUCCAAAGUCUUUGGAGGUGCAGAAGAAUGUCACAGCAGUGAAUCAGGGUGGACAAUGUACAUUGGCUCUUGCAUAGAUGGUGAAAAUGAAGAUGGCACUGGCAUGACCCAUGAAAACAGUGAAGAUGAUGGAGAAAAUGAUGGUCAUAAGGAUGACCACAGUGAUGAUUCUAUGGUUUCUGAUGCUUCCUCUGGCCCAAGCCAUCACCACCAUGGAGGGAGAUCCAGAGGUCAUGGCUUGGCUGUUGACAAAACGGCCAAGAAGAAACCAAAGGAGAAGCAGCAACCUAGAGCUGGAAGGGGAAAGGAAGAGAAGAAAGACAAGGCUUUAUUGACUCAUGCCAAGAAACGCUAA